AGCCGCUUGGGCUCAAGGCAGGCAGCCGCGCCCAGGAACCUCACCACUGUCCGCCGAGUGGCGGCCCCCAUCGCCCCAUCUCAGAGCCAUGCCGAUGGCUGAGCCAGACGUCGAGGUGCCGGAGGGGGACGUGAAGAAGGGAGCGAAGUUGUUCAAGGCGAAGUGUGCCCAAUGCCACACCAUCGAGAAGGGCGGCAACGCCAAGCAGGGGCCGCCCCUGUGGGGCGUGUUCGGCCGCCAGUCGGGCACGCUGGAGGGCUUCGCAUACUCCGAGGCCAAUAAGAACUCGGGCAUCAUCUGGUCGGAGAAGCACAUGUACGAGUACCUCGUGAACCCGAAGAAGUACAUCCCAGGCACGAAGAUGGUGUUUGCUGGCAUCAAGAAGGAGAAGGACCAACCCUGCUGGGGAUUGAUGGCAAGGGUGUGGUACGAAGGGCAGCUUCCUGAUAUCACUGUGGAAGCUGGAUCUCUGGAUGGGCUUGGAUGGA